GGCCGUCGCCACCCUACAAGUUGGGUGUGCGUCAGUGUGAAAUGUUGUGAAGUAGUGGCUCUAACGUUUCUGGGCGUCGUAGAGCUAGGCAGCAAGAGUGUGUUGCAACAAGGAGCGACUCGCCGCACGUAAAAAUACACUUCGCUUAUCGUUCAAUGCCGCAUAAGUACACUAUAAAGCAGCGAUACUCACCGGCGCGCAUUUAACCUCGUCCCUCGUAGUCGGUAUAAGUGCAAAAACGUUUUUCACACAACACGAUGGAAAUCCUGCGAAAUAUUUCAGCGGGAUUUUGGUCCCCUGACAUUUGGUUGCCGCCGAACACGACGUGGGCCGAUCUCGCGCCCACCGCAGAUAACAAGUUCCUAGAUUACAGACACUUGAUUUUCCCCAUACCAAUGUCCAUCGGUAUGCUGGGACUACGAUAUGUCCUUGAACGGUUCUGGUUUGCUCCGUUUGGCAAAUCACUAGGCAUAAAAAAUACAAGACCAAAGAAGGCUUCACCGAAUCUAAUAUUAGAAAAAGCAUAUACUGGAAAGAAAAUAAAGCACAAGCAGGUACUCGCCUUGGCAAAACAGCUGGAUUGGUCUGAGCGACAAGUUGAAAGGUGGUUGAGACUCCGCAGAUCCCAAGACAAGCCUUCGACCUUGACGAAAUUCUGCGAAAAUAGCUGGAGAUGCUUGUACUACACGUAUUCUUUUACUUUCGGUCUGACUAUACUGUGGGACAAGCCGUGGCUCUGGGAUAUAAAGAAUUGCUAUUACAAUUACCCGUUUCAUUCAGUCACUCACGAUGUAUGGUGGUACUACAUGGUCUCGAUGGCGUUUUACUGGUCGCUAAGCUUCUCUCAGUUCUUUGAUGUCAAACGAAAAGAUUUCUGGCAAAUGUUCAUUCAUCAUAUCGCCACCAUAAUCCUAAUGUGCUUUUCAUGGGUCGGAAACUUAACCAGAAUUGGUUCUCUAGUCCUAUUGGUGCACGACUGCGCUGACAUAUUCUUAGAAGCAGCAAAAAUGGCAAAGUAUGCUAACUACCAAAAAUUGUGCGAUUUCAUAUUUGUUAUCUUCACUGUUCUCUGGAUUGUUACAAGAAUGGGUGUCUUUCCUUUCUGGAUUAUUUACAGCACAACUAUAGAAGCACCACAAAUCGUGUCCAUGUUCCCUGCGUAUUACAUAUUUAACGCGUUGCUAAUUUUAUUACUUGUACUGCACGCGAUAUGGACAUGGCUGAUUCUGAAGAUCGCGUACAACGCGUUUUAUGCUGGACAGAUGGAAGGUGAUAUACGGAGCAGUAGCAGCGAAGACAUAUCAGAUUCCCUGGUAAAUUCCUCCACCACGAACAACUCAAACGAGCCUCAAAAAGUAAAAGUAAAUCAAAGGGAAAAGCAGCAUUAAACAGAACAAACCUAAUGAUAAUAGAGAAAAGGAGUUGUAGUCGAGUGUUUGUAUGACUUUUUGAAAAUUACAAUGAUGCAAAAUACAAUACGUGAACUCGUGAUAACGUAGAUUUAAGAAAUGCCAGCUCAUAUAAUGGCAGGGGCAUUUGAACUACAUCUCAUUGCAUUUAUUGUAUUUUUAGGUACAAAGAGAGAGUGAAAUUUAACUAAAUUUUUGUAUUCAUAGUUCAUGACAAAGUGAUGCCGUAAAAAAAUCA